AUGACUGCCACAGUUGCCCAGGCAGAGCUCCGGUGGGAACAUGCUGCCCCCCCGGUGCCGGGGGGAUGGCAGCAGCGAGCGCACCCGAGGAGAGGCGCUCCUCAGCUGGGUGACAGAGCUCCGGGAGGAGGUGAGCAGGUUGAGGAGCAUCAGGGAGUGCGAGAGGGAGACAGACUGUUGGCAUCGCAGCCGGCCUUCCCUGUGACAGGCCCAACAGGCAGUACCGAGGGACACGAAGAAGGCGGAGAGUUUAAUUUUAGCGCCCUACUGAAAAAGAGAGACAGCUUCUUGAGGUCGGCAAAUCGAGGUGAAGCAAAAUCUGAAUCACAAUCUGAUGUUGAUGUCUGGGAAAUCCUGAGGAAAGCUCCUCCUUCCGAAUACGAGAAAAUUGCUUUUCAGUAUGGUAUCACAGAUUUGCGUGGGAUGCUGAAACGCCUCAAACGCAUAAAGAAGGAAGAGAAAAAAAGUACAGCAUUCCUCAAGAAACUGGAUCCAGCUUACCAAGUAGACAAAGGGCAAAAGAUUAAAUUAAUGGUCGAAGUUGCCAAUCCAGAUGCUGAUGUGAAAUGGCUGAAGAACGGACAGGAGAUCCAAAUGAGUGGCAGCAAAUAUAUUUUUGAGGCUGUUGGGAAUAAGAGAGUACUGACCAUAAACCACUGCUCUCUGGCUGACGAUGCAGCAUAUGAAUGUGUGGUAGGGGAGGAGAAGAGCUUCACAGAAUUGUUUGUAAAAGAACCUCCAAUCCUGAUCACUCACCCACUGGAGGACCAGAUGGUGAUGGUUGGAGAGAGAGUGGAGUUCGAGUGUGAAGUGUCUGAGGAAGGAGCUACUGUGAAAUGGGAAAAGGAUGGAAUUGAGCUGACACGGGAAGAAACAUUCAAAUAUCGGUUCAAGAAAGAUGGAAAAAAGCAGUAUCUAAUCAUUAAUGAGUCAACCAAGGAGGAUAGUGGACACUACACCGUGAAGACCAAUGGUGGGGUAUCAGUCGCUGAACUAAUUGUACAAGAGAAAAAGCUGGAAGUUUAUCAGAGCAUUGCAGACCUGACAGUGAAGGCCCGUGACCAGGCAGUCUUCAAGUGUGAAGUUUCUGAUGAAAAUGUGAAAGGAAUCUGGUUGAAAAAUGGAAAGGAGCUGGUCCCAGAUGAAAGGAUAAAGAUCUCCCAUAUUGGCAGAAUCCAUAAGUUAACUAUUGAGGAUGUAACACCAGCUGAUGAGGCUGAUUAUUCCUUCAUCCCUCAGGGAUUUGCUUACAACCUUUCUGCCAAGCUUCAGUUUUUGGAGGUCAAGAUUGAUUUUGUACCAAGAGAAGAACCUCCCAAAAUCCACCUUGACUGUCUGGGCCAAUCCCCUGACACUAUUGUCGUUGUGGCUGGGAACAAAUUGAGAUUGGAUGUUCCCGUAUCGGGGGAUCCGACACCCACUGUCAUCUGGCAGAAAGUAAACAAGAAAAGUGACCUUGUUCGAAGCAAUGAUGAUUCCAUGACUCCCUCAGAAAACAGCAGUGAUUUAAAUACUGUUAGUAAGCUUCUGUUUGAAUCUGAAGGCAGAGUUCGUGUGGAGAUGCAUGAAGACCACUGUGUCUUCAUCAUUGAAGGAGCAGAAAAGGAGGACGAGGGAGUAUACAGAGUUAUACUUAAGAAUCCAGUGGGAGAAGAUAAGGCUGAUAUCACAGUCAAAGUUAUUGAUGUUCCUGACCCUCCAGAAGCUCCCAAGAUCAGCAACAUUGGAGAAGACUACUGUACUGUGCAGUGGGAGCCCCCUAAAUAUGAUGGUGGGCAACCAGUACUUGGCUAUAUUUUAGAGAGAAAGAAGAAGAAAAGCUAUCGAUGGAUGAGACUGAACUUUGACCUUUUAAAAGAGCUAACUUAUGAAGCCAAGCGAAUGAUUGAAGGAGUAAUUUAUGAGAUGCGGAUUUAUGCUGUGAACUGUAUUGGCAUGUCCCGGCCAAGCCCUGCCUCGCAACCCUUCAUGCCAAUUGCUCCACCAAGUGAACCAACCCACUUUACGGUGGAAGAUGUUUCAGACAGCACUGUUGCCUUGAAGUGGAGACCCCCUGAGCGGAUUGGAGCCGGAGGAUUAGACGGUUAUAUUGUGGAAUACUGCAAAGAUGGAUCUACAGAAUGGAUUCCAGCUCUUCAUGGACUAACUGAGCGCACAUCUGCACUGAUUAAAGACCUGGUCACGGGGGACAAACUUCAUUUCCGUAUAAAGGCUAUAAACUUGGCUGGUGAGAGUGGACCAGCAAUAAUCAAAGAGCCCAUUACUGUUCAAGAGGUCCUGCAGCGUCCCAAAAUCUGGUUGCCACGCCAUCUCAGACAGACUCUGGUGAAGAAAGUGGGAGAGACAAUCAAUAUUGUGAUCCCAUUUCAGGGUAAACCAAGACCCAAAAUCAUUUGGAUGAAAGAUGGUCAAACUCUAGACUCCAAAGAUGUGGGAAUUCGGAACAGCAACACAGAUACAAUCCUUUUCAUCAGAAAGGCAGAGCUUCGUCACUCAGGAGCUUAUGAAGUCACUCUUCAGAUAGAAAACAUGACUGAUAAAGUUGCAAUAACAAUGCAAAUCAUAGACAAGCCUGGUCCUCCUCAGAAUAUAAAGCUUAUAGAUGUUUGGGGAUUUAAUGCAGCCCUGGAGUGGACACCUCCACAAGAUGAUGGCAAUGCACAGAUCUUGGGCUACACAGUCCAGAAAGCUGACAAAAAGACAAUGGAAUGGUAUACUGUUUUUGAUCACUAUCGUCGCACAAACUGCAUAGUGUCAGAUCUGAUCAUGGGAAAUGAGUAUUUUUUUCGAAUCUUCAGUGAAAAUUUGUGUGGAUUGAGUGAAACUGCUGCGACCACCAAAAAUCCUGCCUAUAUCCAAAAAACAGGCACCACUUAUAAGCCACCUAGUUACAAAGAACCUGACUUCUCUGAACCUCCUAAAUUCACUCACCCCUUAGUAAACCGUUCUGUGAUCGCAGGAUACAACACCACACUCAGCUGUGCUGUAAGAGGAAUCCCCAAGCCAAAGAUAUUCUGGUACAAAAACAAAAUGGAUCUCUCUGGGGAUGCCAAAUACCGCAUGUUCAGUAAACAGGGUGUGUUGACCCUGGAGAUCCGGAAACCCACUCCAUUUGACGGUGGCUGUUAUACUUGUAAAGCUGUUAAUGAGUGUGGUGAAGCUGAAAUAGAGUGCAGACUGGAUGUCAGAGCACCUCAGUAAAACUGAAUCUCAAUUCAUCUCAAGUCAAGCAUUGGAAGAGAACUUGAAAAGAAGAAAACUGAAGAAAUUAAUGAAGGAUAACUUCGAUUACAUUUAGGAGUCCUGCUCAUCUUAAAAGUCAUUUAAUACAUGU